CUUCGAGUCAAUAAACAAAAGGUUCAGUGCACGUGUACUGAGAUUAGAAACGUUAAGAGAUUUCUUGAUGGACACAAGCAAAUAAUUUACUCGAUAGUCGCCUAGUGAAGGCUAAAGUAAUGUAUCGGAGACGUGCGUCGUCUCCUAUCUAAUUUUGCCUUGGACUGACACGUCAACAGACUCAACAGCGUUCAUUCCGUUCCACAAAAAUGUCCAACAUACUACAAGAUGACAUUUUUUAUUACUGCGAGGAAAAGAAUUUCAGGGGAAUCGAGUGCAGAGUUAGUUUGUCACAGUUCAACCUCACGAUCACGGAAACUGGAAGCGGGAACAAAAAACGCACAAUCAAUGUAGAUGAUGUAAUUGGAUGCCUUUGCAUGAGGAACCAAGAUCCAAAUGAGGGUUCAAGAAAUCCUGAGCAGGACACAGUCAGUGUGUUUCUUUGUGUCUAUUUCUACAGCCUUUCAAAAACAGAUUUCAAGAAAAGUCUAUAUAGAAAAAGAGAAACAGCUUUGCUGAGAUGUCACAAGUAUCCUGCAUUUGUAGAAAAUUGUGAUCAUGUUGCGAAAUGGCAAUCAUUGUUAUAUUCACUGAUUCAGAGCAAUCAAAUAUAUCCUCACAUGUCUGUUACAACCCCCAACAUAGCCGAAUCACGAAGACUGCUUGUAUUUGUAAACCCAAAUAGUGGACCAGGAGUAGCCUUGAAAACAUUCAACACAAGAAUCCGGUCUUUCCUAGGAGAAGCCAAUAUUUCAUAUGAUUUAAUUGUCACAACACAUGUGGGGCAUUGCCAACAAAUAAUUCAAGAUUCCAAAGAUUUAUCAAAAUAUACAGGAAUAGUUGCAGUUUCUGGAGAUGGGCUGCUAUAUGAGAUUUUCAAUGGAUUGUUUGCCAGAGAAGAUUGGGACACCAUGUGUGAAAUUCCCGUUGGUGCAAUUCCCCAGGGAUCAGGCAACGGGCUGGCUCGUUCUCUAGCACAUUUCAAUAAUGAACCUUAUCUACAUGAUCCUCUGGUGGUUAGUGUACUCAACGUUGUAAAAUUAAAAAGCAGAGAAAUGGAUCUUUGCCUGAUUAACACAACUAAUUUCCCUCAGAAACUAAUCAGCUUUCUUAGUGUUGGAUGGGGUCUGAUGGCAGAUAUUGAUAUUGAAUCUGAACGCCUUAGAAUGAUUGGAGAGGCCCGUUUUACUGUGGGAGCAUUGGCUAGAGUAAUGCGACUCCGUACAUAUAAAGCCACCAUAUUUUAUUUACCAGUCAAUGAGGAUACCCCUUCAGAAGAAAUGCCACCCUUACCUCCACUUGAUGAACCAUUACCGGAUCAGCGCUGGGUCACUAUGAGCGGAGAAUUCGUUUGUGUCUAUUCUUCGAUGGUUCCCUUCAUUGGAACCGACCUAUUUUUUGCACCAAAAUCUGUACUAAAUGAUGGGAUAAUUUGGUUAAUGAUUGUCAAAGCGCCCAUUUCGAAAUUUCAAGUUACCCAAUUACUGCUAAGCAUGGAUAAAGGAACACAUAUUCAGCUACCUUGGGUGACGUUUGUUCCAGUCACAGCUUUUCGCCUAAUUCCGGACAAAAGUGUUGGCCCUCAAUCGUAUCUAGUAAUUGAUGGUGAGAAACUGGAUACUCAGGCAAUGCAAGCACAAAUAAUACCGCGCAAAGGGCGCAUUUUUAUGCGUUAAGAUUUCGCCCCAAAAUUCUCCUCAACCAGAAUUCCUAUACACACCGUCGAUUUCUACAAGUUAAGUUUCUCAAUUUACCAGGGUUUGUAAUGCCUUUUAAAGAUUCGUCUUGCAGCCUAUAUGAAUUUAUAUCUAAUAGUCCUCUACCAACAUUCCACUAUAUGUACACCAUUGAUUAGUAAUAAAUCUACCUUGCGUUUUACUAGUUAAAUUAAGUAAUACCAACAUUUUGUUAAAACAAAAUAUUUGUACCAUUUAAUUUAACUAAUAUAAAAUCAAGUGCGUAGUUUUUGUAUUACCUGAA